UGUCGACUCGUGCGAGAGGGAGAGUAGUUGCGAAUCGCACAUUUCAUCUUCAAGCGAGAGAAGCGACUCGCUGAAAGGAGUAUUCUAAAUGAGCAGGACUUCCUCGGAAAUAUCCAUCUCGCAGUUCUUGUUUAAAAGUGUUUGCUUUUCGCCCCCUUAGAACACGAAACCGACGAAAUUAUGCCGCUGCAACUUGCCGUCCCUCCGCAGAUUCGGGUUCUGCAACCCGUUCCCCCCGUCGGCGAAACCGGUGGGCUGAUCGACGGGUCGGCGAUUCUGAACAAAAAGGUCCCCUACGGCUGCCCCUGCGCGGGACGUGGCUCCGCGGUUGCGCACAAUGCCAUUCAAAACGCGCUCGCAACGGCCACGAAACAGUUUUACCUUACGCGACAGGCUGCCGACGAUCUCGCGGCGACGACCAAGGAGAGCGAGAUAAGGCAGCUGGCGAAGCGAGCGGGGGCCUACGGUAUAAAUCUGUUGCCAUAUUAGGAUCAGACAUUCGAGGAGUUAUUUUUGCAUUGCAGUGGGAAUUUGCGUGAAGUUGAUUGUCUUCGAGCACUACACGUUGAAGAAAAGAACUUUAGUCUUCCGUGUUUUUAAUCCCUUCGACGCGGUUGCAUUUUUCAUUCCAAACCGACAGCACACGAUUUGGAGUUUUUGGGGCGGAGUAUGGCAAUGGUACUGAAGAUGCCGGUUGCGGUGAACCCUCCCUUUCUUCCCUUCGACAUGAAAAUGGCAAAAACCAGCAGCGACAAGCAGGUGGACGCCGCCGCGGCGGCUGACGCUGCGCCGGGGGAGGCGAAGGCCGAGGAGGAUGCAGAAGUCAAGGCGGCAAGCUUUGGGGAAGCUGCGGUGGCUGCAUGGGCAAUAGUAUCAAGGUUUGCAGCGAAGUCUGGUGAUGAAAAUGCACGUAGAUUAGACGACGAAAAAGAUAAACAUCCAUUUCAAAGAAAAAGAAGAAGAAAGCAAAAAAACUUUUUUCUUGCCUCCUGCGAUUCUCUCUUUUUGUAAAAAUCAUUUUCAACUUUCUGAGAUUGAGAGCAUGCUGCUGAGUUUCUUCGUGUAAAAUUUUCAGUCCAACCAGCUCGAGGAAUUUGUCGCGAAACGUAGUCCGCAAGAGUAAUGAAUGAACAAAAUUUUUGCGAGUGUCUCUUUUUAAGUGUAACGCAUCUAGAUGGAAAAGCAAAUGGCAGAAGCAAAAACCGACCG